CACUCCAAGGAUACGCUUGCUGAUGUCGUCUACCGUAGUGUAAGCUUGUCGCAUAAUCAAACAUCGGGUAAGCAGCUGCUUGCGCGAAGCACCAGGAUGCUGGAACAAGGUACACUCACCACCGUCAACGAAUCCACGCCCGCCGACACGCUGGACGAUAGUGAGGUGUACGGCAGUGUGGUGUACGGGGAAGAGUCCUACACCUCGCUACCGUCGGCACCAUCCUCCCUGCCGCACCAGCCGGACCAGAUGCCCUUGAGCGAGUUCGAACUGCUCGAAGCGCUGCUCAACUCGUCCGCGGGCGGACCGAUGGGCAGCUUCUGGAACGCGUCCGCCACCGAAACGCCCUACACACCGUACGAGCUGCGGCCCGAGACGUACAUCGUGCCGAUACUGUUCGCUGCCAUCUUUAUCAUCGGCGUGCUCGGCAAUGGGACACUUAUAAUCGUGUUCCUCAGGCACCGGGCAAUGCGCAACGUUCCCAACACCUACAUCCUAUCGCUGGCCUUAGCCGACCUGUUGCUGAUCGUAACGACCGUGCCGUUUACGUCCAUCAUCUACACGCUCGAUUCGUGGCCGUGGGGCAGCCUGCUCUGCACGUCGUCCGAGUUCAUCAAGGACGUGUCGAUCGGCGUGUCCGUGUUCACACUCGUUGCCCUUUCCGGCGAUCGGUUUUUUGCCAUCGUCGAUCCGCUCCGGAAGUUUCACGCCCACGGUGGGGGACGGCGCGCCACACGGAUGACCAUCACGACGGCGGUAUUAAUUUGGCUGCUGGCCAUCGCGUUCGCCGUACCGGCCAUCGUUGGAUCACACAUCAAGACCGUCGUCGUCAACAAGGACGUGUCGUUUUACUUCUGCUACCCAUUUCCGGACGAGUGGGGCUCCCAGUACGCCCGGGGGAUGGUGCUGGGCAAGUUUCUCGUCUACUACGCCGUGCCGCUGUUCAUAAUUGGCAUCUUCUACGCACUGAUAGCGCGGCAUCUCAUCCACAGCGCCAAACACGUACCGGGCGAGAUGCAGGGCACCGUGCGACAGAUCAAAGCCCGCCGGAAAGUGGCCAUCACCGUGCUAGCGUUUGUGGUCAUAUUCGGUAUCUGCUUCCUGCCUUCGCAUCUGUUUAUGCUGUGGUUCUAUUACAAUCCAAAUUUCAACGAAGAUUACAACGGGUUCUGGCACGUGCUGCGAAUAGUGGGCUUCUGCCUUUCGUUCGCCAACAGCUGCGCCAAUCCUGUGGCUCUGUACUGUGUGAGUGGUGCCUUCCGGAAACAUUUCAAUCGGUAUCUUCUGUGCGAUGGCAGCUCCAACAGUCGGCGACGGCACGGAGACAAUCUGGCACCGAGAGACACGUCCCUCACCAGCACCAUGUCCCGCCGUUACACCAGCAAACGGAUGCAAUCGCUACGAAUAAACAUCCAGGAGACGACGAUCGUGAUGAUACCGAACGGCAACUCCAAAUCUGACGGUGCCGUGCUCGAGAAGGAAAUGGUCUGUUUGUCGUAACAGCGAAAGCACCAUCUAGCGGGCACCGGAAACCGACCGAAGGGUGUCCCAAGACUAGCAACGACCCACGAGCUGCCGUCGGACGAGCACACCGAGGGUGGCAAUGGCUGUGCCGGGAACGGGACCGGCAACGCUGACCAAGAUUUGUGGCCCACCAAAGGGGCGACAACCUGCGACCGGAAGGUGCCGACCGUCGGGUUUCGGUUGCCCCCGGGCCGUUCCGCCGUACGACCACGGCAGACGUGCGAAAUGAGCAAGGUUUGAUUUACGACACCUCGGUCGACAGGGCAGCUCGGUGUGUGUGUAUGUGUAGGUUGGGCUUAGGUGGGCAUGUAUGUAUGUGUGUAUGUGUGUGAGUGUGUGUGUAAAUAUGUAAGCAAGACUGUCCAUCUUCAAAAUCGGAAGAUAAUUGUUAAGUGUUUCGGAGAAGCUUUGCGGCUGAGUAAUUGGGAAGCAUACAUGACCGGCAGCCAUAUUGGGUGUGGGUAAAAAUGUUUGCGCACUAUUUUGGACAGUAAGGAAAGGCGAAUGUAAACACUGAAAUGAUGCGAAUGCGUCACGUUUUUAUAAUGUUUGUACUACUAACCCAGAUGCUAUAGGCAGUUAGUUUUAGCUUUACUCUAUCAGAGCUUUUAUUGCGCCUAAAGUUAUGCAAUCGGCAUGACCAGAUUGCGCUGUUUAGAAUGAACACACAAACUCUUCCGGUAUUGCAAAACUUUACUAAUUCUUCCUUAUGGUGCAUGGUCGUCCAGAACCGGUCUGUAGCCAGGCACGUAACGGACAACCCAAAUCUACACACUACCAACAGAAUGCUGCCAAUGUUUAUGCAGCCGGCAUAAUUUCACAUUCGGCAUCGUCUUGCAUUCGUGAUACAUUCGAUAAAUUUCCGGAAGAGCCAACAUUUCACAGGAAGCCAUCUGGCCCCAGCCCACUUUGCUACCGUAAGAGUAAUUUGUGGCUUAUCAUGUCAGGAAUUUGUCUUCGCCGGUUGCAGAAUCUCGCCCUCGGUCGGUAGCAAUUUUGAUUCAAUUACCUACACAGUGGAUGCAAAUAUUCGAGCUGUAACCGUAUCGCAUUAAUAUUCCACACGCACGCCUCCCCAUCUACGGGUUGCAGUUGUUUGCAAAUGUCAAAGGUUUGCUCGAUUCAAGCGAAUGGCAUCGGUUGGCAGAACCAAAUCAGAUACAUUUUGUUGCAGGUUAGCAUGCGCUUGUUUUUAUUUUUAUUUAUCUACAAUCAAGAAAUAAAAACAUUUUUCCCAUAAAAUAACACACAAAGUCACAAAAUAAAGGGAGGAAAAUUUAGCCUUUUUUGUCCCACAAUCCCAAACCACAAAAGAGAAAUCAUUGCCACGGCUAAAUGAUUUUGCCUUCCAAGAUCAAGCAACUGGAAAUGCUUUUUGCUUUUCCAUUUCACUCCAACGUUAAAGGGCAUCAAAGCAGGCCGGGAAGACGCCCUUCCUAGAAGGCCCUCGGCUCGGCUUCCUAUUCUCCUGUAUGUCUGGUGUCACUUUACGUCAUAAAAUGCCGUUCAAAGUUGAAGUUUAUGAUUGAAUUCGGUGCGUUUAAGUGCUGUGUUGCUAAUAUAUGCGGGUUAAGGAUGGGUUAUAUAGGGUGCUUCUUGGAGCAGCAUUGACAGGAAAGAACAGGUCAGGCAAAAUGUGUUUACCCACUGUCCAAUGCCAGUUGUUAGGUAACAAUUGUUCGUUGAACUUUUGCCGAAGCAGCUAAGUGGACAUCCGUUGUUGGAGAGGUUGUUAAGAUUAAAUCACAGGAAAAAAGGUUCCACCGAAAACGAGUUCUCAAACCCCAAACCGCUUCAAACAAGUUCAAGUGCAGCGAGAUUGCAAACACUCGAAACAUUCUAAUUACAAGAUAAUUUCCUCCCGCACGGUGCUGUCUUAUUGUUUCCGAGAUAAACGCGCGGUGAAGGCACACUGAAAGAGACCAGACAAAAUCCGGCUCCAGUAGAAGCAAAACAACAAAAACAGGGGCAAUCCUCGCCCAGGAGCAGUCUUACGCUUAUCGCUCUAAUUGUCCCACUGGAAAUAAAUGUGUCAAAAGAAGCAAACUGUCCUGGCAACUGGCGAGUAAGAACAACUGGCGAAAGGUUAAACACAGUCACCACAAAUUAACUGUGGGGGGUUGUGCUUUUUCGUGCAAUGUGCCACAGAAAUUCUUGAAAACACGGUCCCCCGAUAAAGUGCCACCGUCGGACGGAGCUUUAUCGCGACGGACGGACGCUCGAGCUUAAGAUUAGUCAAACAAUUAGGGCAACAAUGGCAUUGCGAGAUGCCCGUUAGGUGUGCGACUUUUUUGCGGCAACCAAAAGAGGGACAGAAAAGACAAAACCCGUUUUUACUUCGCUUCAGAGAGAUGUCAAGUACAUCGUGUCUUAAUUCUAAGGUACGUUGUCUUAUCAAGCUUUCUUGCGUUAGGGGUUUUUUUUCAUGUUCUUGUGAACUUAAAGAUGUUUUUUUUCGCAUUCGAGUAAAAACUCAAGUUCAUUAUUCAACCUGCUGCGGUAAAAGCUCAGGAACGAUACAGGGAAAGGUAACUGACGUGUUUUUGUGUGUCUUUUGUCUUUCAGCAGAUGUUUGCUGCUGAUUAUUGCUACCAGCUGUUGAUCAGUUGGUAAACGUCAGUUUCCUUCUCUCCCAUUACUGAGCAUUUUCGUGUGAUCGUUUUGCAAUGGACCCGAUUACGCUGCACUGUAGCUAUUAUUAUUUUUAAAAUACUUUACAAUGUUUUGAAAAUAAUUAAGAUUUUGCUAUCAAUGCAGAUGGGAACUCUAUCAAUACAGAUGGGAACUCUAUUAAAAACAGUAUUUCGAAAAUCUGCAGUGCAGCUAAUUUGUAAUUGAGGCACAGUUGAUUUUACAUGUAAAUGAAGUUACUGCGUCAUAGUGAAGAAAACGUGCUUACCCAAUUGUUGUACCCAUUGCAUACAUUUAGGCGUCUUUUGUGUGAAGCAUUCAAAUAGGCGACGGCUUCACUAGACUGUUCGCGCCUGCAGAGUGAAUAGAGCUAUUCUCAAAGCUCUACAUUUCCCAACUUACUGUAGACUGGCAAUUUAUUUACAUGUUACUGUAGGGUUUUGCUACCAAUGUGAUCUACAUUUUAAAAGCUUUUCCCUUUCCGUUCAAGAGCUCAUGCACAUUUUCAAGAGAAAUUAUGCACAUUAUUGUCUCAGCCUGCGACAUUAUUCCGACGAUGUUUUGCAUCUGAAGAGUAUAAAUUGGCCUCCAAAUAGCGGCUCCAAAGUACACAUGGGAAAGAAAUAUGUUGUCAAUGAGCAUUCUUUUUCUUUGAUGAACAUUAAUUAAACCACCUCGUACUGUACCAGUUUGAACCAAAAAAAAAUGUUGCCAAAAGCUCUGACAUUUCAGUUGGUCGCGAGCGUCAGCCACAGAUCCAACGAAACAAAAUAAAAUGUCAAACCCACAUUCGGUGCGCAGCAAAAUACGCUCGUGGGAUGUGGAUGUGGCGAUGCCAAAACCAUUGAGGGCAGCCAAAACGCACCAACACGAUGCUGCGUUCCACGCGAUUGAAGAAACGAUUCGGUCAUGAAUUUUUCAUGCCCUUUCUCCGGUGGCAGUGGAGAACUUUUAGCUUGCUCUUUUGAGCUGUUUUAGCUGGGAUUCAGUGGUACGAGAUGGUACGUAGAGCGUAGAGAGCGCAGAGCAGCGGCAGCGUCCGGUGGCACGUUUUGUCAAAUUUGUUUUUAGCAAAUCAAAAUCUAAUCACAGAAUCAUGUUCAAUAAUGUGAAAAUCAUCCCGUUUCAAUUAUUCAUGCGCCUGUCACAUUCUGCUGACUAAAGCAUGGAGAGAUGCUGCAUGAAGAUGUCGUUUGAUAAAAAAAAAGUACGUGCGCCUUCAUUGGGAGAUGUGACGAUUUGUAUGUGGUAGAUUUUCAGCUUGCAAUUACAAUACUAUUACAGCCGUUCAAAUAAUGUAUUCAAAAGAAAAGAUAUCAAACAAAAAAAAAAUCUAACAAACACACGAACUAAAAGCUAGAACAAGCGCCAAAUCGUGUCAAGAAUGUAAAAAAACAGUCAUUUUGUUAUGCCAAUUGCAUAUCGCAAGGCGUUUAGUCCUCUCUUUCAUAUUCGAAGCAAAUACUUGGGGUAUAUUAAGGUACAGAACGGCAGUUGAUUAGUUUAUUGCUUUCGUAGACUUUCUUUUUCCUUUUUUAUUAUAAUUUAUUUUUGUUAUUUAUCUCCUAAACUUAACCAGAAUAUAAAACAGAGUAAAAAUUAAUAAACACAUGCUAUUAAGGCGAGGAAAUUACAUAUUCUAAAAGAGCUUGAAUUAUUGAACCUGUCAUUAAGCUCAUGUACAUCGUACAGUUUUAAUAUAUUGAUCUACAACUACAAGCGAUGACUCCUCGUACAUGCACAGAGCUUCCAUGUCCGGAAUUUAUUUUAAAAUAUCACCAAACAUACUCUCCCACAGGUUUACUAUCCCAUUUUCAUAACAAUUUGAAUCAUACCCUGAAUUGUUUGGUAAAUCUCAUCCCGCUACGCAUCUACCAUGGGACUGCUUACCUAACCUUCGCUUCUUUGAAGUGAAUCUGUUAAAAGAGCUUUAUUCCAGCCACAAUUUGCCAUUUCUUUCGAAUGGAAAUCCCUUCAUCCUGGCGCACAAAAGUUCGUCGGAAUCGAUAAGCAUGAUUUAUUGAAUUUCGAGAGCAAUAUAUUGCGGCAAAUGUACGAGAAGAAUCCUUACAUGUAUCUCGUCUGAAAAAUUGUACGUUAUUCGUGUUCCGUGUACAAAACUCCCUUUUCUUCGUUGCUCUUUAACUAUUAAAGCAGUGGAUCUACUUGUCUUUUCGAAGCAUAUGACAUUUCUUUCGAACUCUCGCUCAAUCUUUUUUAAGCUUUCUAGUAAACUAUAAAAACUUCUACUUGCAUUCAUACAAAUAGAAAUGGAUUGACAAUAUUGGAAUUGUUUCCAAGCAUUCAUCAACACUGUCAAUUUCAGGUGCUUCGAACUUCUUCGAAUAGAAAUCAUUUAUAUUCUUGUACCCAUACACCGGAACAGUACCCAGUUCGGUUGUUUGUUUUCGAUGUGCUUUGGUUUCCUUUCAUUUGUUAUAUUCGGUAUUAUUUGCGUUUUGUUUUUCGCCAAUUCUUCAUAACUUCAAAUUGCAAUCACCGCAACUGUUCAUCCCUUGUUGUAGGUGAUUUGUCUGCCCCUAUUUUGCAGCAAUCACCAGCCAACGCAAAACCGACCCACGUCGGUAAGAAAACCUCCAACAGCAGUACCGUUCGAACAAUGCACUCGCUUAAUGGAAAUUAUUUCGAGUUCGAUGAAAAGCUCCAAAUCGUACCGGAUUGCUCGUCGGUGGGCGUCGUAAAUCAAAUCAAGCUUACACGCCACGUGAUUUGCAGCGAAUGGUAAACACGUGCCCACCCAUAGGGUUUGUCGUUACCGUGUAAAUAAGCACGUCUGAUGGCCACAGCCACAGGCAAAAGAGUCUGUAACAUAGAAACAUUUGUGUAAAUUUUGCCAAAAAAAAAAAUAUAUUCAAUUACUGAGUGUGCGAGGAGUAGCGCAAAUAGGGGGAAAUGGCAUCUUCCAUCCUAAGCAUAAAAUAUGGGUUCUUGUGCAGCAGAACGGUAAAAUUGUUAAUUAAGCUAAAUAUAGGCAAAUUUAUUUAUGUCCUCGCCCACCUUCACCAAACACCACCACCCAUGGAAUGCUUUUGAUGCGUACGCAAAGUCGAUAGGAAUCCGGUAGAGCUGUACAAAUACGAUGCUUUUGGGAGCAAGUUCACAUGGAGUUUUGGUUUUUUUUUAUUGCGCAUCUCCACGCUUAAUGGUAAGCCGCUGCUAGGAACGAAAGCUGACACUAAUCCCUUACUUACAUCGCACACCUAGAACCGCUUAGAUGUAACGAAAAUCAAAUAAAGCCAAUGUGUGUGUAAGAAAUUGACAAACCCCUUUAAACGAAAAAAGUAUGUAGAAAACACAACGUAAAAUGAACGCAAAUUCGAAAUCACGCCCCCCCAAAAAGGCUAAUCCGAAUGCGUUUCUCAUCAGUGCUGUUGAAAGUAAAUAGAUAAAAAAGUGUUAAAAAAAAACUAAAGAAAUCUUUAAUGUAAAACCAAACAAAACGAAUGCCUCCUUGUUCGGGAAGUGGGAAAAGGGUAAUUUAAAAAAAAAUGAUAAGCAGUUUGUACAGUUUGUUGUUCGGAGGCGUUCCCUACCAAUGCUCUCUGGCGCAACGGAGCAAAGCAGAACCUUUUACAGUCACGUCAGCCAGGAGGCAGGAGCAGUUCUAGCGAAUGUUUUCGUUCUCCUUUUAGAAAUAAUGUACUAUUUACAACUGGGCAGUGGAAUUGCGAUAAUUUGUAAGCAGUCCUUUAGUGUAAUGAAUAACAGAAGUAUUUAAGCAAAGUAGAGAUAUUCAAGAAACAGUGUCGCACGGGCGUGUGAAUUGAAGGAUGAAAUAAAAA